AUGUACGCUUGCUGCUCUACAGUAACUUUGGAACAGGACCUCAACAAAAAAAUGCAUAUCUGGAUGCUGCAGACGAUCGCAUUUGCUUUAACAUCACUAGUCCUUUCGUGGGCAGAAAGCAUCGAGUAUUAUGGGGAAAUCUGUGAUAAUGCAUGUCCUUGUGAGGAGAAGGACAGCAUCUUAACGGUGAGCUGUGAAAACAGAGGGAUCAUCAGCCUUUUUGAGAUCAGUCCGCCAAGGUUCCCUGUCUACCACCUCUUGUUGUCUGGGAACCUUUUGAACAGGCUGUACCCGAACCAGUUUGUCAAUUACACGGGGGCUUCGAUUUUGCAUCUGGGGAGCAAUGACAUACAAGACAUUGAAACAGGGGCCUUUCAUGGUCUGAGAGGUCUAAGGAGGCUGCACCUGAACAAUAACAAGCUGGAACUUUUACGAGAUGACACUUUCCUUGGUCUAGAGAGUUUGGAAUACCUACAGGUCGAUUAUAAUUAUAUUAGCGUCAUUGAACCCAAUGCCUUCAGCAAACUGCAUUUGCUGCAGGUGCUGAUUCUCAAUGAUAACCUCCUUUCCAGUCUGCCCAACAACCUUUUCCGCUUUGUGCCCUUAACUCAUCUGGACCUGAGGGGUAACCGGCUGAAGCUGUUGCCCUAUGCGGGCCUUUUGCAGCACAUGGAUAAAGUGGUGGAGCUGCAGCUAGAGGAAAACCCCUGGAAUUGCUCCUGUGAGUUGAUUGCUCUAAAGGAUUGGCUGGACAGUAUCUCCUACUCUGCUCUUGUGGGAGAUGUGGUUUGUGAGACCCCUUUCCGCUUACAUGGUCGAGACUUGGAUGAAGUCUCCAAGCAGGAGCUUUGCCCCAGGAGGCUCAUCUCAGAUUAUGAAAUGAGACCGCAGACACCAUUAAGCACCACAGGGUAUUUCCACACUACCCCAGCUUCGGUCAACUCCGUGGCUACUUCUUCUUCAGCUGUUUACAAAUCCCCCUUGAAGCCCCCCAAAGGGACUCGCCAACCCAACAAGACGAGGGUGCGCCCCACCUCCCGCCUGCCCUCAAAAGACCUGGGAUACAGCAACUAUGGCCCCAGCAUUGCCUACCAGACCAAAUCCCCGGUGCCUUUGGAGUGCCCCACUGCCUGCACUUGCAACUUGCAGAUUUCUGACCUGGGUCUCAAUGUCAAUUGUCAGGAGAGGAAGAUUGAGAGCAUUUCUGAACUGCAGCCCAAACCCUAUAAUCCUAAAAAGAUGUAUCUGACAGAAAACUACAUUGCUCUGGUGCGCAGGGCAGAUUUUGUGGAUGCCACCGGGCUGGAUUUGCUGCACUUGGGCAAUAAUCGGAUCUCGAUCAUUCAGGACCGGGCUUUUGGGGAUUUAACUAAUUUGCGAAGGCUGUACCUGAAUGGGAACCGGAUCGAGCGGCUAAGCCCAGAGCUGUUCUAUGGGCUGCAAAGCCUGCAGUACCUUUUCCUGCAGUACAACGUCAUCCGGGAGAUAGAAGCGGGCACCUUUGAGCCUGUCCCCAACCUUCAGCUUUUGUUUUUGAACAACAAUCUGCUGAGGUCUUUGCCGGGAAACAUUUUUUCUGGUCUGUCUCUCUACAGGCUGAGCCUGCGGAGCAACCAAAAAGGCCUGCGGGCCAACCCCUUCUCCUCCCUGCCAGUGAGCGGGGUGCUGGACCAGUUGAAAUCCCUGCUGCAGAUCGACCUGCACGAGAACCCCUGGGACUGCACCUGCGACGUGGUGGGCAUGAAGCUGUGGCUGGAGCAGCUUAACACCGGUGUCCUGGUGGACCACGUUAUCUGUGAGUCCCCCAAGAAGUUCGCCCAGAGUGACAUGCGGGCCGUCCGGGCGGAACUGCUCUGCCCCGACUACUCGGACAUCGUCGUCUCCACGCCCACGCCGUCC